AUGAACCAGCAACUGAAGAGAAAAGCGAAGACAAGUGGCCAGAAAGGCCCAGCUAAAAGAACCCCCAGGGGGGCUAAAGUCAGGCAAAGCAAAUCCCACCAAGUCCCACGGGCAGACACGGAGGCUCAUGAGGACACAGCAGGAGCCUUGUGUGGUAAUGUGUGCUGUGACACUAGCCUUCAAGCUCUUGAAGAUGAUACCUUCCCUGACUGUUACAUAGAAUGCAUAAUAAGAGGGGAGUUUUCUCAACCCAUCCUGGAAGAGGAAUCACUUUUUAAGUCCUUUGAAUACCUGACAGAAGGAUCAGAAGAUGAGCUUUCUCAACAGUUUCUGGAAGCAAGCUCCUGCCUGCAGUGUUCUUUGGAGUACAUGAAACAAGGGCCAAAACAAAAGCUUCCCCAACAGGUGGUUGGAGAAAAUUCACUUUCCGAGUAUUCUGAGUACGUGACAGGCAAGAAGCUUCCUCCUGGAGGAAUUCCUGGCCUUGACUUAUCAGAUCCUAAGCAGCUCGCAGAAUUCACUAAAAAGAAGCCCCCCAAGAAUAAAACUUGUGAUUCUCCGCAGGCCAUUGCUUGUCCUCAGAGGGGGUGCACUCGAAGGCUGAGGGACAAAGCUGCCCUGAGAAAGCACCUCCUGGUCCAUGGGCCCCGAGACCACGUGUGUGCGGAGUGUGGGAAGGCAUUUGCCGAGAGCUCCAAGCUCAAGAGACACUUUCUGGUUCAUACUGGAGAGAAGCCUUUCCAGUGCACCUUUGAAGGCUGUGGCAAGCGAUUUUCUUUGGAUUUCAACUUGCGCACGCACGUCCGCAUCCACACUGGGGAGAAACGUUUUGCGUGUCCCUUUGAGGGCUGCAGCAAAAAGUUCGUUCAGUCCAAUAACCUCAAGGCUCACAUCUUAACUCACGCAAAGAAUGAGAAGAAGAUGAAGGACUAG